CAAUGGAACUUAUCCCACUUGAUAUAUAAUUUCUUUUUUCUGUUGGCUUCUAAAGCUUCUCCUCCAUGUGAAGAUCAUUAGCUGCUGAUUUUUGUCUGAUUUGAUUAGAAACUGUUUAGCUUCUCCUUUGCAUGGUUUACAUAUAUACUCCCUUCUUUCUUUGCGAAUUGAGUUACACAUUUAACGAAUGUUUUCAUAUUUUGAUCACAUGAAUGCAUCUUUCUUUCUACUAGGCGUGCAUUCUUCAACCCAUGUGAAGAGAUAGGGUUUCUGCUGCAAAGCCUUUUGUAGUUGUCGAGAAAGCAUGCCUUGCCACUUUACAAAAUGGCAGCAAAUAUGGUCCCCCGUUUUAGUUUCCAUAACACAGAAAGAUUAGCCCUAAUGGUUCAUUGACUAGAAUGAUUGAACAAUAUGCGUGAUGAAGAAAAUGAUAAGAUUUCAAUAACGAUGUUUUUUGCUCCGAUGGUGAAACCUCACACGUGGUAGCAUUUAAGCCAUUGCUUUUUGUUCAAUUCUUCUGUGGAGCAUGGUCGGUUGAAUUCCGGCAUCUUCCUUUCUCAUAUGCUUCAACUUUCAUCAAUAAUUUUAUUCGCUCGAUAGCUAGCUGCAAUCAAAAUUCAACCUUGAAUUACAUAUAUACCAAAUUCUAAAGAGGAGCUUGCAUGCUUUCGGACUGUGGUGUUAAAUCAAUACAUCUCUGCUACAGAUACCAAAAGAAAAGGACCCAAAAUUUGUCAUUAGUGUGUUGGUUCGCAGUUGAGAUAAAUACCCGAAAGAUAUGAACUUGACUGUAUAGGCUUUGUUCAACUCUGGCCUUCUCUACCUUCCUCUACUUUGUGAAGAAACUUCUGAGGCAAAGUCGGGCUGAAAAUUAAGUGAAUAAAUUAUGAGCGAAGUAUACUACAUGGAAAGGCUAUAUAUGAUAUAUCUGCUAGUUCAGCUGCUUAUGCACCAAUAAUGAGAGACAUAAGAUGAUUUCAAGUUCAAACGAUCAGGUGGAUUCUUCCACAAAACCUGAAGGAAAUGCAAGUGAUCAUAGCAAGAUGAUUAAGGCUUCAUCUAGUACUGCAUCUUCAUCAUGGUUAAGAUUGAAGGAUCCAAGAAUUGUGCGUGUCUCGCGUGCUUUUGGAGGUAAAGACAGACAUAGCAAAGUUUGUACCAUAAGAGGUUUGAGAGAUAGGCGUGUGAGGCUUUCUGUACCCACUGCCAUUCAGCUGUAUGAUCUUCAAGAUAGACUUGGACUUAAUCAGCCGAGCAAAGUUGUUGAUUGGUUGCUUAACGCAGCGAAGCAUGAAAUUGAUGAACUCCCUCCCCUUCCAGUGCAACCCGAGAAUCUGGGUCUAACCCAUCAGCAACAUAUGUCUUCUCAUGAAGUUGGUACUUCUCAACCUAACAGAGAAGGGUUUAGGAUCAACAGCAGUAUCAAUUGGGAAGAUGGAGAUGGAUUUCCCAGAUCAAAUUCUAUUUGGGGUUCUAAUGCUCUCUGGAGGGCUAAGUCCAAAGAAACUGCAAGGGAAACAGCAAUAAAUGAGAAAGAAAAUUGGACAAAAGGAAGUGAAGAGAAGCAAGGUGUUAAUGAAGGGCAAGAAGCAGAAGUUUCAUCUAUCAACUUCUUACCUAGACCCAACAAUUCUUCCUUACCAGGUUCGUUGAAUAAUGUUGUGCCUUAUGGUUCGUAUUAUCAUUUGGAACCUUCAAGUUUUCCUUUGUCUCAGUUAGGAAGUCACCCUGGACUUACAUCCCAAACAGAAGACCUUCACAACUUCAAUGUUGUGCCAUUGCCAUCCACAUUGUCUCUAUCAUCCGGCUCUCAGAUUUUGGUUUGUCCACCACCGGGAACAACACAAUCACUAUUCCCUUCACAAAUCAACCAGUUUCAAAUGUUGAACUCCAGUGGUUCACACAACCCCUUUUCGAAUUCUCUUUCCCCGCCUUUGCCAUCCAUAAGCCAGUCGAUGAGACCCCUCCAUUUUAGUAUGUCUUCUAUGCUUCUUUCUUCUCACAGCAACAGCGGUAACCAAUCAGAAAAGGACCAAGAGUUUCCUUCUAAAUAGUUAAACAUGAAAGCAGCACACAGGAAUUGAAGGAAAAGGAAAUAAAUCUCCCUCUUUUCAUGAUACAAGCAUGGUUCAAAAUAUUUGAUUCAGAAGAGAGAAAAAGGUACUGAUAUAGAAAGCAGCUUGUUGUUAGUUGACUUAUUCCACAUCCCGUUAGAGAUCAUAAAUAUAAAUAUGAAGACAGCCUCUUAUAUUAUAUAUAUGGAGAUUACAACUAUAAUUUUAUGUUGAUUCUGUAAUUUGAGUUCAUUAUCAAGUGACUGAAAAUCAAAUCUACAUUUCGUUUUAUAUUUGAAUGUCAGAAGAAACAAGAAUGUAGAACAUACACAUAAAUGUUGCUGUAUGAAUAGUUUGACAGGGAGUGACAACAACAUAUAUACACAAAUAUUGCUUAUGAUUCAAGUUUUUA